CUCUCUCUCGCUCCCUCUCUCUCCCUCCAGCCCUCCCUUCCCACGCCCCAGUGCGCUGUGGGACAGUGCUGCUAUAAAGUAUAUCCUCUCCCGGAGAAAGAUAAGAAGCCCGAGACAGGAGGGGGAUGAAGAUGGCGGACGCCAAGCAGAAGAGGAACGAGCAGCUGAAGCGGUGGCUGGGCUCGGAAACGGACCUGGAGCCCCCGGAGCUGAAGAAGAAGAAGACGAAGGUGAAGUUCGACGAUGGCGCCGUGUUCCUGGCCGCCUGCUCCAGCGGCGACACCGAGGAGGUGCUGCGAAUGCUUGACCGGGGCGCCGACAUCAACUACGCCAACGUAGACGGACUCACCGCCCUCCACCAGGCAUGCAUAGAUGACAAUGUAGACAUGGUGACAUUCCUGGUGGAGCAUGGAGCCAGCAUCAACCAGCCCGACAACGAGGGCUGGAUCCCCCUCCACGCUGCAGCGUCCUGCGGAUACCUAGACAUAGCAGAAUAUCUGAUCAGCCAGGGUGCCAAUGUAGGAGUUGUGAAUAGUGAGGGCGAGACACCUAUGGACAUCGCUGAGGAGGAGGCGAUGGAGGAGCUGCUGCAGAACGAGAUCAACCGACAAGGGUUGGACAUCGAGGCAGCCCGGAAAGAGGAGGAGCGGAUCAUGCUGAGGGACGCCCGGCAGUGGCUCAACAGUGGCCAGAUCCAGGACAUCCGGCACGCCAAGUCUGGAGGAACGGCGCUCCAUGUAGCUGCUGCGAAGGGAUACGUCGAGGUUUUAAAGCUUUUAAUCCAAACAGGGUAUGAUGUAAAUAUUAAGGACUAUGACGGCUGGACUCCUCUACAUGCAGCUGCACACUGGGGCAAGGAGGAGGCUUGUAGGAUACUGGUGGAGAAUCUAUGUGACAUGGACCUCAUUAAUAAAAUGGGCCAGACACCUUUUGAUGUAGCCGACGAAGAUGUUCUGGGAUAUUUAGAAGAACUACAAAAGAAACAAAAUCUGCUGAUGAGUGACAAGAAAGAUGUUGAGAAGUCUCCUUUGAUUGAAACAACAACCCCGGGGGAUAACAACCAAUCACUGAAGCCACUCAAGAGCAAAGAAACGCUGCUUCUGGAGCCAGAGAAGAGCGCCCCACGCAUCGAGACCUUAGAACCGGAGAAGGUGGAUGAAGAGGAGGAGGGGAAGAAGGACGAAUCAAGCUGCUCCAGUGAGGAAGAGGAGGAGGAAGAUUCCGAGUCGGAAACAGAAGCAGACAAGAGCAAGCCUUCGGCAUCGGUGAGCAACAGCACAACGCCCGUCCCCGCCAGCAUCACCGUGUCAUCUCCCACGAGCCCGACCAACCAGGUGACAACCCCCACUUCGCCGGUGAAGAAGGUCGCUCCGGUCGCUCAGGUCGCUCAGCCCGCUGGAAAGGUCUCCGCUAAAGUGGAAGAGGACAGGAAGGACGAGUCUCCGGCGUCUUGGCGUCUGGGUUUGAGGAAGACGGGCAGUUACGGGGCACUAGCGGAGAUCACGGCCACCAAGGAGGCUCAGAGGGAGAAGGACACGACCGGGGUGAUGCGCUCGGCCUCGAGCCCUCGCCUCACCUCAUCUCUGGACAACAAGGACAAAGAGAAGGAAAAGGACAAAGUACCACGGCUUGCCUACGUGGCCCCGACCAUCCCCAGGAGACUGGCCAGUACUUCAGACAUCGACGAGAAGGAAAACAGGGACUCGACUGCCCUGAUUCGUAGCGGCUCCUACACCCGACGACGCUGGGACGACGACCUGAAGAACAGCGAAGGAAGCGCCUCCACUAACCGAACCUCCAGCUACCAGCGCAGCACUUCCCAUACGCUAGCGCUAGGGCGGAGCGGCAGCACGCGGGACGUGCCAGCCAAGUCUUCGUCCACCUCCAGCUUGGACCCUAACACCUGUAAUACUAAACCCUGGCAGCCACCCUCCUCCCACUACCAGUCUUACAGCAUUUACCGCAGCGGCUCUUUUGGCAGAAGACACGAGGACUUGAGCUCCUCGACUACACCCUCCUCCACGACCACCACCACCUCCUCAUCUGUUACCUCGCCCACGGGCCAUCGCGGCUUGCUCUCCAGCCUGGGCUCCUCCUCCACACGCACUGGCUCCACCAGUCUCACCAGCAGGUACUGGUCAGAGGAGAGUGCAGAGAGGGAGAAGGAGAAGGAGUCGGCUGCAGUCAUCCCCACUAUUAACACUGGCUCUACUACUACCACCACCACUACCGCCAUAUCUACCACUACCACCACCGCUGGCACUGUCACUGGCCCCGAGAGACGCAGGUCCUAUCUGACGCCAGUGCGAGACGAGGAGUCAGAGUCCCAGAGGAAAGCUCGCUCCAGACAGGCUCGACAGUCGAGAAGGUCCACUCAGGGUGUGACUCUGACCGACCUGCAGGAGGCUGAGAAAACAAUCGGCCGGAGUCGUCCCCCAAAGACCCGUGAGGAGGAGAGGGAGGAGCGAGAGAAGCAGGACAAGGAGAAUCAAGAGGAGAA